GGGGGGGGGGAGACAGCAGGAUCCUCCUCGUGCAGGCUUAGAUUAACACUAGCUGCUCAGAGCAGGGCUGUUUUUGACUGUAGGCUAUAACAGUGCUGCUGAACGGACAAGAAAGGGUGGGAGACAGAAUAGGCUGGACACUGAAGGGGAGGCGGAGGGGGAUGAGGGGGGGGGGUGCGGGACACGAGCAGAGUCCAUUUUAUCAUUUGGUUACUGCCCGACAUUUCUCCUCUCCCUAUUCACACGCAGGACCGCCGCUGCUGCGGAUCACAGCAUGGCAAGGGUGGCCAAGCGAUGGCACAUGGCGGGUGCACUGCGGCAAAUAUUACGGGAUCCUACAGCCUGGUUCACUGUUUCAACCAUGGCAGGGCAGUCGCACCCAGGCUGCUCAAUGUAGCCUCUCUCAUUAACUCAUUAACAUGUCCGUGAGAGAGAAAUCAAGACGAUAUUCCUCAGUGAUCGUGCCAGACUUUCAUUUCCGGCCUUUAUUAAGGGAGCGCCAUUGCUUCUGCUCUGCCCCCUGGAAGUCUUGUGUUAAAGGACAUGUGGGUCAAAGACAAAGAUAUGAAACUCGGAGCAGCAACAGUUCUGAAAGGAAAAGAUAAAUCGUUAAUCGUUUUUCAUGAUCAUCAGAGUUAGGCGUUGCAGGUUGUCCCAGAAUCGUUUAAUCAUUCGUGAGUGUAAGUGUGUGUGUGUGUGUGUGUGUGUGUGUGUGUGUGUAAGUGUGUGUGUGUGUGUUUGCUGUGACUCCAGCUCUCUCCCCACCCCGCCUCAUGCACGCGCACGUUGCGCCAGGCCGGUGAUGGAAAUGCGUAGCGCCGCACGCACUCCCACACGUCCCUGUUUCAUCAUCAGCUGAGCCCUUUCUCCUCCACUCACAACUCUUCUCCCCUCCCUCUCUCGCCCCCUCCCCUCUCGGCUCUAGCUUCUUUUUCUAUCCAUCGCUCUCCUCCUCUCUCCGUGGGUCCCGACCACAUGCAAGAGGGUAGACUAGGACGCUGCAGCUCUAAAAAAAAAGGGGGGGGGGGGGGGGGGGGGACGCUCUGCUGCUAUUUCUACAGGCGGGCCCUCCCCUUCAGCUAGUCUGUGCCAAAAGAGGGAGGGAUUUUUUACUACUCCCAGUCCCAGGAUUUUAACCCCCUGCCUGCACUCGCUUCUCUCUGCAAGAUCUGCUACUCAAUAUCGUGCAACAAGUGGCUUUGCUUUACUCCUACUUCGACAUUGCUGCGCCAUUUGCAAAGACCCUUUUUUUGGGACGCCCGUUUUCCUCACUCCGUGGGCGCUCAUCACAUGCGUUUGGUCAGUUUUUGCUGCCUCUGGGUUGUUGUAGAGUUAAACUGGACUGGGGACAUUCAGGGGUUUGGGUUUGUGCUCUACGGAGGCUUUCUCGAGCACGUGCUCGGCGAUUGCUCGCCAUGCUUCCUUUUUCUCGUGAGUCCUCCCUAAAGCUGAGGACGAAGACAGCAGUUGGUUUUUUCCGCAUGUUGUUCGGCCAGCUGCUCGAUUCUGCAUUACCUGUGCGUGCUUCUCGAUUUCAGCAGAUGAUUUCUCAUAUAUUUUCCUGUCCUCUUAUCUCUUCUGCCCUCCGCAUCUCUAAACCGCUCCCUCUUUUGGGUUUUCUGCCCCACCCUCUCUUUCUCAUGCUCUCUCUCUCUCUCUCUCUCUCUCUCUCUCUCUCUCUCUCUCUCGCUCUCUCUCUCUCUCUCUCUCGUGGGCAGUCUCUAGUGAAAGGGGAGCAGGAGGGUGGAGCAGGGACGGGGCUUUUUCUGGGACAGGUGCCAAUUUCAAACAAAAGACACAAAAAGCCAAAAAGAGUGAGAUAGUUCCCAACGACAGGAAAAAAGUAUUUAUUUUAGAACGUAUUUGAGGUAAUAACGUGUGUCCAUGUGUAACUAUUCUUCUCUUGCAGGACUUUUCUUUUUUGUAUUGCAUGAGUGAGUAGCAGCAGAGAUCUUGAAUCCUCCCCUCCCUCCUCUCACCCCCCCUCUCUCUGCUCUCUUGCUCCCGUGAAGGCAUUUCGAGCGGGGAAAAGAAGGAGGGGCGGGUGGAGUUUGGAAGGGGCAGUGGGAGGCGGAGCCCUGCCUCCCUGUCGAGUCUUCUGCAUUAUUCAUAUGUCCGGGCCAGUGCUGCAAUCUGACUGGCUGCCUGGCUUAGCAUUCACCCGACAUUCAGUGGCUCUGUUUGCUAACAUUCCUCAUUCAAAGCCUUGUUAACUGCCAGACGGGAGGAACACGCGACUCCAUGGGAAACCCACAUGGCCUCCUUAUUGUGGCGGCCCUGACAGUCUCAGACUAGGAGGUGGCAGACAGGGGAGAGCGAGGGGAGCCGGUUUGUAAAUAUUAGACAGCACUUAGCCGAGUUGAGGCGGGUUGCCCGAGGCUUAGACACAGGUUUUGGGCAAGGUGGCCAGAUUGACAGGGUAGAACCCAGACAGAUGGGCAGACAGACACGCAGACAAGGCGUUGAAGCAGACAGGGAGGCUGGCACUCUCUGGGACUCUGAAUGGGUCUCUCGUUGACGUGCCCGCCUACUCCUUGCAGGGAGUGCAAAGCUGUGUGACUGAAUCCGAGCUCCUUCUCUGCCCUUCUCCACAGAGAGGAUAUGUGGACGUACAGAGGGAUCCAGCAAUCCAACAAUGGACGGCGGCGAUUUCGGUGCUUUACCCCGGAUAGCUGAUCAGCAAUGCAUGUGUGCCCGUUGCCUACAAAGUCUCAGUGGCUCAUUAUUUGGGAAUCAGACUACUUUAUUUUCCUGGUCACACCUCAGUGUCAAGGUGAGUUUCAAGAUUUCAAUUUUUUUUUAAAUAAUUCCUAAUACAUUUUUAUUUGAUUUAGGUAUAUAUUUACUUCACACUCAACGCCGCGCUUAGCUGUGUGUGUGCAUGCCGCCACACUGUUGUAUUCUCUGUCAAAUUCCUUUGGGUCAGGACUGUCGCUGGGAGCACGCAUCCUUCGGUUUCCUGUUGCAGCGGUCUGCAGGCACACAACAAAAUGAACUCCGUUUGUCGUUCGUUUAUUGAGCGCAGUCCAACUCACAUUGUUCCCGGCACACGGCAGCGGCAGCGAGUGUCGCGUCCGGUCAGAACCGACUCCGGCGGGUUGUGUGUGUCAUGUCCUCCGAAUCAGUAAGUCUCUGGUGCGGCUCGAAGAUAAUCUUCUCAAAGGAAAUUAGUCGGGGAAAAAGGGGAAAGAAAAGCCGUCAGCCUAAAGGGCAAAUGAAGAUUAGAGGGAAACGGUACACGAGGGCACACCGGCUGGCACCCGGAACUGCACAAAGGCCUCAUUGUCACGGGAGUCCUCAGCUCUGCACUCACUCUCCCUGUGCACUUGGGGAGACAUGACACCUGUUGGUGGUUCUGUUCAACUGCAGGCAGAGGGACAGCACACGAGGGCGGUGCUCAAAUUCAUAUAUUUUUUAACGUACUUCCAAAGAGCACGAAUGUGUUGGAUGGUCUCGGGCGCAGCACGGCUCAGCAGACACAGACACGGUCACAUGUUUGACUCCGGGUCACGAGUUUCUGUCUCAUGUCCAAUUGUUUUUUAUCUUCAAUUUCUCCACUGACGCGAGUACAUAAAAGUUAUAAUGACAAAAGAAAAAAACACCAAACAGUAAAAAAAAAAAAAAAGAAAAGAAAAAAGCUUUGGAUUUAUAUUUGCUGAUAAGACAGUUUUAUGUCAAACCUGCAGACGCACAGGGUCCGCUUACUUCAAAGAGUCGAGUGGUUAUUCUCAAAUCUUUUCACGGCUCAUUCUUGACAGUUUAACACAGUUUUGGGUUUAUGGCGCCAUGUGUCCAAAGGUUUGACGAGUGCUCGAGAUCAUGGCUGCAGGGUGUUCCUCAGUUACACCUCUCAUCAUUAAUACCACUAUUCGAUUUUACUGGAUACAGGAGCUUUGGGAGUGCGUUAAUAUGAUAAUAGUCUCUGAAAACAAUUUAUUUUAUUUUAAAUAUAUAUUUUAAAGUAAAACUAACAAGCAAAAUAUACAGCUUUAUUUUAACCCUCUCCUAGUGUGUAAGUUCACACCGGCUAUUACACGUAUUAGCUAAAAUGUCUUGCUUAUCUCUUGCAGUUUCUAGUUUCGAGUACCGAAGAGAUCUUUUCCUCAGACAACAUCUUGACUUGUCACAGUAGGAAGCACACUGGUGUAAAUGAUAAAAUGAAUGAUGGCUGAAUUCCAUUUAGCUGCUCUGAUUUCAGGGUCUUGGUAUCGUGCAUGGUAGCUCACUGUCACUCUCACUGUAACACUGGAACAGAGCGGAACCAACGUUAGUGUUAUUAGUAACACCUGUGCUUCUCCUACUAUGACAAAGCAAAAUGUCUGCUGUGAGAAAGCUCUGUCUAGAUUGGAGUGCUCACAGCGCUAACAUCUGUUACUCUGGAUGAUCCACAUAACGAGCUGUCGAUAGUUUUUGUCGGGACUAUUUCUUCAGGAGAAAGAAGUUCAACUCAAACCAGUUCCCAGUGAGGCCUGUGGUUCAUCCAGAGAAACAGGACUUUUCAGGAAAAAGAGAAUAACAAGAAAAUAUGUUUUCUGUAUUUUGCGUGAAUCGACCCUCUUAGGUAAAAGGCCUCGCCCUGUGUAAGCCCGACUCCGUGCACUGCACUCGUUAGCAGAGUGCGUGGAGGAGCGAGAUGCAGGUCCACUCUAUACCGUACAGGCUCGGCCAUUAAGUAGCUCGCGUAGAGAUUUGUGUGGCAUUUACGGGACAACCGAGCUGCAAUAAAAACAGCCGCAAACUGGUGCAUGCGUGCCUGUGAGCAGUUAAGGCGGUGACUCACUUUUAUAAGUUCGGCCCCAGCUCGCUUCCUCACCCCUCCGGUCGCUCUCCAGCUCGCUCUCCUGUCUCACUCAGGAAACUCUCUGAAACAACCACAACCUGCCCGUCUGACCUUUCAGACAGACGUGCAGAUUUAUUCUUAUUUGCACCAAGAUUUCCUGUGAAAUACACACCUUUGCUAGAGAGGAAGCAUGAUGGAUCAUUCAGAGGAUUUAUCUGACUGGUUUUAAGCUCACGGUGUAGUGUAUCCACUGUGUGUCGUCGUAGAUAAUACAGAGAGACGUGCAAGUCGUUACACACAAACACUCAAAUUGGCAGAGAUACCGAUUUCCUUGUCUGUCGUGUGUUUUACAUGCGGGACCGCGCAGGUUCACGUGCACAGUCGUAACGGGAUUCUCAUGUGUAGGACAAGAGGUGAAAGUGUGACCUUUCGACGCCCUGCAGCGGCUCACUCUCUCCUCUCAUUUGUCUCCAUCAGGCCGAGGAAACCCGAGAGGAGGACAUCCGACAGACCAAUGAGACAAGCUGCGUAGAGGAGGCGACCUGUCAGGCAUAAGUGACAUCCAGGAAGUAUUCUGACAGCAUCCUUUGAUUUGCAACAAUUUAGGCAUGCAGACAUGUUUAUGACGUACAGUUAGAUGCACUCUGCUCUGCUCUCACACCAAAUUGGAUUUCCUUUAAAUAUACAAAGCAACACAAGUUAAUUUAAAAAAGAAUGAAAACACAUCAACAAUGAAUAUAUCAAUUGCUUUAAUACAGGGAACCCUACUUACAUCAAAACAAUUUUAGAUGAUGAUUUUGUAUAUAGAUUGUACAAUAAAAUAUAACUGAAAAAUUAUCAAAAGUUGUACAUUAAAAUAUAUUGCUGCAGUUAAAUGAAUCCUUAUGUUCAUGCUGGCAGGGACACGUCACAUCCUGACAAAAUCACUUGGAUAUAGAUUUGUCUUUAUGAAUUGGGGGACUUUUAUUUUAAUAAAAAAAUGUUUUUUAAAUUAUUUCUUCAGUUAGUGUGAAAGUUAUUAACACUCCUGAGACCAAGUGUGUUUAAAAUGAAUAAAAUAUCGACUGACAAAAUAUACAAAAUACAAUAAUACAGUAAUGACACAUUUUGUUCUUUAUAAAAUAAUCUCAAAUCUUUUUUUUAGCUUUUUCUGAGUUUACAACUGCAACUCAGCGUCUUCAUCAGCAGAUAUGUGUUUCGCGUUUCAACCCUCAAAAGGAGAGAAGGUAUUUUUAUUAGAUUAACUCUAGAAGGGCCCUUUGUCGCUCUGAGUCUGUGUUCCCUCAGAUCGACCAUCAACCGUGUGACGUGAGAGACUCCUGCAGGAGAUAAACUGUCCUUUGGGGUGAGGUAGUAGGUUGUAUAGUUUUAGGGUCAUUCCCAAGCUGUCAGAUGACUAUACAACUUACUGUCUUUCCUGAAGCGACUGUGAAGGCGACGUCAUCAUCGACAUCGGCGUGGAGAAAAAUACAGCUUCACCACUGCAGAUCAUGUUUAUAUAAAAAUAAAAUGUUAGAGAAGAGAAGCAGAUAAAUAUGAGAGCAUUGUAAGAGAUACUCUUCAAGUUUUAGUUCAGGGGUAGAUAAUGUUGGUGCUGAACAUAAUAUUAAGAAGAUUUUCCUUCUUUCUUUUACUGUGCAUUCAGCCUGUCGACUGUCUGUUUUGAUUACCUGACAUUAUUUGGAGUCUAUGUCUGAAAUAUAAACUGUUAUUGGAAUUUCAAACAGAGCUGUUGCAAAUGCUUCAACACAACUCCUCCAUUAGCUGAUAGUUGAGUGAUGUGUUUGAUUUUAUCUCUGAUGUUAUCACAGCUAACCUUGCUGUAGUCACACAAUAGCAACACGGUGGAUCCGUCUUCAUGUGCCCAGUGACGAGAUGUGCACAAACCUGUAUGGUGUUCGUACAGGGUGAGGUAGUAGGUUGUGUGGUUUCAGGGUUGUUAUUUUACCCCAUCAGGAGCUAACUAUACAACAUACUGCCUUCCCUGGAGGGCAGCAAUACAUCACAGGAGCGCACACGACUUAGUCUCCUUCCUACUGAGGAAGAAACUCAUCUGGCAUUCGAUUUCAAACGGGUGAGUGGUGGCAAAUCUCAAUAACAGUCGUUACUUAACAGAUUUGCAAUUAAUGUAGAUAGCAUCAUGCAUGUUUUAAUUAUGUACUGUUUGAUUAAUAAACAUAAAUAAAGACUGGAUUAGAAAUACUAUAAGAACAAACAAUGACUAGAGUGUGAUCCUUUCAAUGUAUACCGAGUACCGAGGUGGAGUUGUAAAUAUCUAGUUAUUAUUGGAAUAGUUUCAUGAAAUAUUGCAUUAUUCUGUAAUGCUUGUAAUGAUCUUAUUGUAUAUUUUAUUUUAAAAGGCUCGGUAACUCAGGCUUUAACAUGUGGAUGUUCUGUAUCUAUUCAGAAGAAUGUUCUCAAGUUAGUAUUUGUCUUUUUUUUUCUUCUUGUAAUUUGUUAUGAAAUAAGUUCAUUUACUGGACCAAAGGAGAAUAUUUUCAUGUUUCUAUUUUUUUUUUUUUUUAAUAUCUAUUUCCACAAAAAAAAUUGGAGCCAAGAUUUAAAAACCAAAGUAUCCGAAAAAGAGAGAGUCCAUUUUAUUUGACACAUGUUCAGCAUCAUGUAACAUACAGAGUGUAGUCUAGGUUUUGAAUUUUCAAGUUGCAUCCCAGACUUCUUCAAAAGCUGAUGUGUGGUUCACACUGUGUAUUUCACUUAAUCAAGCUUCAGAGUGUGGAAGACACUCACAGAUGGAACAAGAGACCAGGUGCUGAGGUCCCCGCAAGGAAUCAUAAACAGUCACCCUCCCACUCGUCUCUCUGUGUGAAAACACACCGAGCGUCCUCCGAAGGCUUUGGUUGUCCAGCUUUUCAACAGGAAAAGGUGACGGCUAAACACCCCCAGACCGUCUCUCACCUCAGGAUGGAGACGUUAAAACAUUGCUGAGCACCCAUACACAGUAGAUGGCGCUAGAUAUUACAAUAGGCAGAUUUUGAAUACCUGCAAAAGAUUUUUUCACGUUUAUAGCAGUUUCUUUGUUAUUUAUAUACUGUAUUCUAUUGUGUAUGCAGUGGUGGAAGAUAAGCACUGCAAUAUAAGAAUACUCCAUUGCAAGUAAAAUCCCAGUGUUGAAAUAUUUCUUAAAUUAUUAAACUUACACGUACUCAUGAUUCAGAAAAAUGGCUCUUGUCAGUGUUGAACUAUGAUAUUGUGUUAUUACAGAUGCAUUCAUGUGUAACAUUACUUGCACUUUUAACAGUGUGUCACAUGUUAUCAGCUCUGGGUUGUGAGUUCAAUCUUAAUCCGUAAAGUAACUAGAAAAUAAAGCUGUUGGAUACAAUUAUUGUAGUGGAGUAAAACGUACAAUAGUUUAAUAGUUAAGUAGAAGUAAAGAAAAAAUUACAAUAAGCAGGACUUGAGUGACUAUUUCACCACUAUAUAAAGUAUGUUCAACACAUCUAUGGGGUACUGAACCACAUACAAAACGUACUUACAUAAUGUAUGUUAUUCAAUGUUGUUUGACAUGUUAUUGUGAAAAACGACCAUCUUAUUGAGCAUUUGUGUAAUCAGUAUCCCGUAAUAUAUGAUGGCGGUGAUUAACAGUGGCUCCACUGUAAAUGAUGUAGGAGACGUGCUGCUCUGAGACAGAGACAAUCACGCCAGAGAGCUGUGCUCUAUCGACACAUGAGACAACGGAGGAGUGGCCACGUCACGGUCCCCCGGUUCACAUGCACCGUCGUCCGGUGACGUCCCGAGCCACCGGGAAGUAGUUGCAGCCUGAUAAAAAAAAAAAAGACCCAGAGAUGGGUGGUCCCGUUUUUAAAUCCCCCCCCCGUGCCCAUUGGUGGAAACCAUAGGUGUGUCAGGGGGGUGUGCGUCCCGCGUCUCCGUCCGUCCCUACGUUAUUUCCUGCAGAGAGAAUGAGCGGAAGUUUGACCGCGCGCCGGGACGCGACGCAUCAAGUUUUACCUUCAGAGCUGAUCGGGGAUCUGAGCGUCGGAGCGUCCCGGGACCGAGGGGCGUCCAUGCCGUCAGCAGCAUCUGGAAAUGCUCCGGAUAGCAUCCUCUGAGCUCUGGGUGCAGGUGCAGGUCUGGGCUGUUGACGUCCCCGGGGUCCUAGCACCAGUGUGACUGGUUCCUCAUGUGGAGCCAGGACCCUCUCACCCUACAGUUUAUCCCAUUCCUUUUCGGUUUGGAUCUGUGCAACUGUCAGUGCUCAACACGUUCUGUAAGUACAUUAUUAAACAUAAUAACCUAAUACCUGUUCUCCAACAGUCCACUAUCUCCACGCACAUCACUAUCGUAUUAGUCAUUACUAAUAAAUAACUUAAAUUUCAUAUUCCUCUCCUGGACAUGGCUCUCUUUGGAUACCGUUUGGACAAAACGGUAAUUUUACCUCACAGAAGACGGGAGUUGCUGGUCUACUGAUGCCUCGGUCGGUGAGUUAGUUUGUGUUAUUGUUUGACUUUGGUGAAUCUGAAAUAACCAAAUUCACACAAUAAUACAAACGGACCGACGACACCUGCAUUAUGCGAGGGAAAAUUACUGUUUUAGGUGGGCCUCUUUUUUUUUUUAGGUGUCUAAAGUAUGUUUUGCUGCUGUCAGCAGUACAUUACUUUGCUCCGUGUAAGAUCAGGCACUGUCAGAAAACGGUAUCAAUCAAUGUCGAGGAGAAUUCUAUUGCAGUUUUAAUAGAAGCCAUCUCUUUGUUGCCGACUCACUCCUCAAAAUCUGCCGAUGAUCUCGUAGGUCGUGAAUUCCUGGCAUGGAGAAAUGCUGCAGCUGUGAGAAUCCACAGAAGAGAGUGCAGAAAAGCUGAGCGUGAAUGGAAAAAAACACUUUAAACUCCAGACUCACCUUUACGUCUACAAAAAGAGACCAGGCAAGACAAUCCUUUUUACUCAGACAUCAUCAACUAAAAAUAACUAUGCACUCACUUUCGUUUUGCACUCAUGGUUAUCUCUCUUAACUGUAGCUGAUGACAAUAGAAUUCUGGUCUUCAUCAUAUCUAACGACCAAAAUCUUUUCAGACGAGGUCCCUGAAGAGAAAUCGUACCAAAUGGGGGUCUGUGACCUCAUGUGUUAGUGGUCCUUGACGUGAAUACGGUGGAGAACCGCUGGUCUAGAUGACUUCCAGGCUGGAUCUCGACCCCAUCACAGCACUGAGACUGCUCUUAAAGUUCUUAUUGACCUCCGAUUAAACACACUCUAGUGAGACGUAAUUUCUAUGCUAUUGGAACUCUGCUGCUUCGUUCAAAACAGCUGAUCAUAAAAUAUUGCUUGCUGGACUAAAAACAACUGGGCUGGUCUUUCACGCACGGUCCUAGAGCCCUACGAGACGGGGAAUAUGGCUCCAUAUCUGAGAGGCCUAGCAGAAAUCUUAAUAUUGAUUCAGAUCGAGAAUUUCAUUUUGGCAAACUAAUUCAUGUGUUCAUCUCAAGUACGUUAGACUGUGGUGUAAUGGUCUUUUCUCAGGACUAGACCAUCUCAAGACUUAAGAAACCUGAACACAUUACACCAAUGCUCAGUUUCUCUGCACUGGCUACCAGUCAGUUAUAGAAUUGACUUUUAAGUUACUGCUGGUUGUCAUUUAAUGGCUGAAUACAUUUCAGACCUACUUAUUUUUUCUGCAUAAGUGUAGGCUUAUGGUCAUGCACUCUCAAAACAUCUCAUUUUAAAAUUCCUAGUAAAGAGACAUCCAUGGCUAGAGAUGCAGGGGGACACAAUGGGUUCAUUUUAAGAUGAACUCAAUGCACUGAAGUAUAAAUGUAGUUAUUGUGCUGCAAGAGAAAACGCAUUUGCACAAUCCGCCCCUUGAUGACGAUUUUAUUUUAUUUUUAUUGCAAAGCAGCUCGACAGACCAGUCAGACAUCAGUUAGCUGCUUCAGUCUGUACGGCCUCUACAGUGAAGUCUACAUGGUACAACAUACUUUAGCUAUGAGGCUUUUUACACUCUCACAGAUUUCCCACUUAGGCCUAAACGACUUUGGAAUGCUGUCCAGACCUGUCCUCUGAAACGCUGCAACCCUAAGACUAGAUAAACAAGAACAAACAUGCUCUGAUUUAUCACGUCCUCUCUGUCUGGCCUGUAUGCACAGAUGAAGACAGCGUAUAACCAACCCACUUAAAGUCGGUGGUUCUCAACAGCGAAAGUUUGAAGUUGCACAAUCUCAUGUCACCAGUGUUUUUUCCAUGCUGGGCUUACAGAUGUAAGCAGCUGUGUAAACUGCGAUUUUACAUUUGAGCUCACAUGAGGUCUGUGAAGGCCCCACAGCCAAAUCUCUCUGUAGAUUAGAUCAGAGAUAAAGUUGCUGAUUCCUGCCUUGAUGGUAUAACGUUGUUAGAAUUCUGACACACAUCAAAUGUUAUUGUAAUAAUACAGGAGCAGAGAUCAGGCGGAGAGAAUUCCCCUCUUCUUUUAAAAAGCAGAUUCCUGUUAGUCUGCCUUUAACCUACAAUUUGCUUGUGAUCACAUUAUUACUAAUACAGGGAAGUUUUACAGCAUAAUGUGUUAAAUCCUAGUCUAUAAUCUAUAGAACAACAACGGCAACAUCUGCCGCGAUGAAUUACUGGAAGUUGGGGGAAGCGUUAUUGAACAUGAGCACUGGUGCUGUGAUGUUGUGGGAUGGCUCUAACAGAUGUCCUUUACCCCACUGUGAGCAGCUGAGAGCUCCACCAAAGUCCCUCCCACACAUACUUUUUAAGAUCCACUCCGAGCGGACGGGCAGCCAGAGGAAUAGCCGGACACUGAGUUCUUUGUUGAACGUAACGUAACAGAGAGAAAGUCACUUAAAGCACGGUAUGUACUCUUUGUCUCUUUGGAGCAUCAGAGUCGGUCAAUAAAUAAGAUACAGAGCUUUGUAACAAACUGCACACUGUGUACUUUGGCUGGAAUUUAAUCUGUGAAUAAUGGGCCGCUGCUGACUCUACGGGCAAGGUUCACUUAUUAAAAAAAGCACCGUCACAUUAUGAACUUACCUCUAGCAUUAGUGGCACAAGAGUUGUACCUGUCCCCACUGCAUGACUGAUCUUCAUUUGUGCUUUCAUGACAUUUAACUUAGAUUUAUUCAUGUUUGUGAUGUUUUAUCUGAAAGAGAAUAAACCAGGUCCAAGCACCAGGGAAUAAAACGAUAAGGUAAAUCUUGUGAUGCACUUACUGCUGGUGCUGACAUCUUUAAACGUGUGUUAGAGAACUUCAGGCCAUCACACAUAGAAAUGCAGAAGUAUUAGGAGUUUUGAGUUAAGUAUUUUUAAGUUACAUGGCUUGUUCACGGAAAAGCUCCCGACUGUGUCGGAGCGGACAUAUUGAAUCAUUUUCCAAAAGCAAAAAAAUCCCUUUAGGAGUUUGCACCCAAUCUAAGGGGUCGGAGGUUUUUCCAGAACUGGGCUCUCAACCAAUCAAAUGGCUGCCUCAGGAUUUCAGUUUCUUUAUCACUCAUUGUCCUCAUUUGUAUUCUCUCUCCCCUCUUAUCACAGUCUGGUGAGUGAGGGCUUGUUCCUCCCAGGUUUGGCUUGACCUCCACCAUGGCCAGGGAUCUCUUUAGCCCCCCAUCCCCACUCGGGGAUUCCCUGCUCGACAGUCCGCUGUGUGGAGACCUGAUGGAGGAUCUUCGGGACAUCUCCCAGUCUAUAGGAGACGACACUCUGGGAUUUGAUUUCCCGCUGUACCAGAGCACCAGCUCAGGGUCCGAGAGCUCCAUUGCACUGGACACCUUGACCCCAGCCUCCAGUCCGUCGUCGGGGGUGUGUGCGGCAGCGCCGAGUCCAGAGGAGAGCGCCAGCACCCUCAACCUGGAGUGCCGAGUGUGCUCAGACAAGGCCUCGGGCUUCCACUACGGGGUGCACGCCUGUGAGGGCUGCAAGGGUUUCUUCAGGAGGACCAUCAGGCUGAAGCUGGAGUAUGAUAAGUGUGAACGCAACUGCAAAAUCCAAAAGAAGAACCGCAACAAGUGCCAGUACUGCCGAUUCCACAAGUGCCUCUCUGUAGGCAUGUCCCACAAUGCCAUCCGGUUUGGUCGCAUGCCUCAGGCGGAGAAGCUAAAGCUAAAGGCAGAAUGCAAGAUGGUGGAGGAAGAGGAGGCAAGCCCCAUGCUGACCGACCACAAGACUCUGGUCGGGCAGAUCCACGAGGCCUACAUGAAGAACUUCAACAUGAACAAGGCGAAAGCUCGGCUCAUACUCACUGGAAAGACCAGCAAGCCGCCUUUCAUCAUUCACGACAUGGAGACGUUCCAGCAGGCAGAGAGGACGUUGGCGGCCCAGGUGGGGAACAGUGACUGUCCGGAGCACGAGAGCAGCGUUCGAGCUGGGGAUGUGGUUCUGGCCGCAGGGUGUGGUGAACUGCAGCAGAGGGAGGCUGAAGCCAGGCUCUUCCACUGCUGCCAGAGCACCUCGGUGGAGACGGUCACAGAGCUGACGGAGUUCGCCAAGGCGGUGCCCGGUUUCCAAGACCUGGAUCUGAAUGACCAGGUGACUCUCUUGAAGUAUGGCGUUUAUGAAGCCCUCUUCACCCUCCUGGCCUCCUGCAUGAACAAAGACGGCCUCCUGGUGGCCCGAGGUGGAGGCUUCAUCACCCGAGAGUUCCUCAAGAGCCGGCGGCGGCCAUUUGGCGACAUGAUGGAGCCCAAAUUCCAGUUUGCCACACGCUUCAACUCCCUGGAGCUGGACGACAGCGACCUGGCCCUUUUUGUGGCUGCCAUCAUCUGCUGCGGAGAUCGCCCAGGCCUGGUGGAUGUGCCUCUUGUAGAGCAGCUGCAGGAAAGCAUUGUUCUGGCUCUCCGGCUCCACCUGCUGGCCAACCACCCGGACGACAACUUCCUCUUCCCCAGACUGCUGCAGAAACUGGCCGACCUCCGGGAGCUGGUCACCGAGCACGCUCAGUUGGUGCAGGAAAUCAAGACGACAGAGGACACGUCGCUGCACCCGCUCCUGCAAGAGAUAUAUAGGGACAUGUACUGAGUAGAUAGCACAUGGUCAUGAACUGGGGACAUGUAUUCUAAUAUUUAUGUAUGCCACUCAAAACUGGGUGUUCAUAAAUAUUUACUGAUACUAUCAUGCACAUCAAUGUACUGUAAGUAGUAUGUCGUGCAGCUCCUGAGGCUGCACACUGCUGGGAUCUGCCGUGGAAAGGCAGCUUAUGUAGGUGGAGUGGCUGCUUCAAUGAAAGGAGACACAGUGGGGAACAAACCUGUGUAGAAAUAUUUUUUUAAUGCAUUGAUUUGAGAGCACCCAAUCGCUAUGGAUUGGGUCCUGGAUGCCAGCUUUUAUUCUACCGACUGAUCAAAAGCUAAAUAGGGAGUAGACUUUGCAAGUUUGCCUAACAUUUAAAAUGGGUGUACACAUAAUAAAGAUAUCCGGACAUGACUGCUGCAGUCAUGGACGCACUGAUGCUAAAUAUGAAUCUUGAACAUAAGUUCAAGUGUGGUAAAAGAAGCAGAGAAGUUGGAGAAGUUAUAACAUUUGAAGCCUUAAAGGUAACUGAAAUGUUAGUUGUGCAAUAGGCAACUUAAUAUAAAAAUAUUCCUAUUAUUUUGGAUAUUUAGUGCAUGUGAUAUGUUAAUUCAAAUCAAUUGGAUUAGGUUAAGCUUUGUCAUGUCCUUUCAUUGUGUAUUAAUACCUUAUUGAAAUCAGCCAUGUCUCACUCAAUCAUUUUGAGUGUAGUGGUUGAAGAAACACCUGCAUCAGUAUUCAUCAUGUGCCAUAAUGUUUCAAUGCUGGAGCUCAUAUUUCCUAUACUUUGAUCACACAUUAUGCAUUCACCACACCACAAAACAGACAUCUAUUCAGUGUUGGAUCAGGGAAUGUUAUCACAUCAUGAAUCAAGCAACCUUACUUCUACUGAUGGCAGCCAUCAUUUGAAAAUAUUGUAAUUUCAUGUGUAAUAUAUUUAUUUUAAUCCUUAACCUACUGCUAAAAACUAAAAAUGACAGCACACCUCAAACGCAAUAAUAUGUUAAGCUGGUUUAUGUUUUAUUUUGUAAAUAUAACAGGAAUGUAGUUGCCACAGUGAAAGUGUCCGCUGACAGUAAAACCUCAAAAAGAGGAGCUUGUUGCCUCAUUUGCUGCGUUACACUUCACCUCCCGAUGUAGUAUUGUAACACUGUUUCGUGUCAGAAUAAAACUGUUUAUAUUUUGUAUCAUGUAGUGUACAAUAAGAAAUACAUUUGUUGUUUCAAUAAAAUGAAUCACGUCAUGUGGUAGUUUAAAAUAAACUGAUAUAUUUAACUUUUAAU